AUGGUUAAACUCCCUUUUCCAUUUGAUCCUUCUAUCUAUCUGUUGGUUCCUGAGCCAGAACCCAUAUUACCUGAAGAGGUGGAGAAGCUCAAUGCUCGUAUUAAGGAGCUGGAGUUGGAAAAUGCUGACUUGAGGAUUAAUCUUGGUCGAGUCUCGGUAGAAAAUGGGAAUUUGAAAGAUGGUCAGCAGAAGAAGGACAAAGAGCUUGAAAUCUCCAACAAAAGAGCUACGGAGUCUGAGGCAAUGAGAGAAAAGUUUGGACAAGCGCUCUACAACACUAAAUCUGUGUUCAAGUCAAAGGAGGAGGAGUUGGAUAGAGCUUCACUCCGGAUUCAAAAACUUAAUAAGACUCUAAAAUUGACCCUUGAAAUGAAAAGGGAAGCACGGAUAACUUCUGAGAUUCGUACUUGUGAACUGGAGAAUACCAUUCAGAAAUACAAGGAUACUCUGGAACGCGAGAAGCUGAGGACUGAAGAGUCAGAAAGAGUUUGCACACGGCUGAAAUAUCAGUUGGAGCAAGCCGAUGCUAGAAUCCAGGCACUUGAAGGUGGGGAUCAGGAUGUUGCCUAUAUGAUGUUGCUAGGUGAAUGCAGAUAUUGGAGAAACCUCUAUAGGGACAUAGAGGUGACCAAGGCUGAAGACUUGCGCAUCAUUCAAGAUCUCCAUGGGCUUUACACUGAUUGGAAGGGCAAAUUUCUGAGGCUGUCCAUAUUUUUGAAUUCCGUCAUGCGAUAG